GAGGAGAAAGGGGGAAAGCGCAGGCAGCAGCAGCGGCAGCGGCGGCGGCAGCACCAGCAGCGAGGAGAGGAGAGGGGGGAGUGAUGAGUCAAUACAACUAAUAAUUUAAUGGGGACAGAGAGGGAGAGACGGAGUGAGAGGGGGAGAGACAGAGAGGGAGAUAGAAAGAAAGAGGAGCUCCGUCCGGACGCCAAUCCCCAACCAACAGGACACCUCCUACUAUUACUAUCGCAGGCAGCUCUCUUAUGCAUCCACAGCAAGCCUUAUUUAUCCGCGACGUCGGAAAGUAAACCGCACUUUUUGACCCCCCUCUCCUUGUUUUAUUUUGCGAACCUGUUCCGACUGUCCGCAUAUCGCCUCCACAUCGCCUCCAUAGCGGUUAUUAUUGUUAUUAUUUCUUCUUCAGUCUGCCGGUAGCUAAGCCGACGUUGAGCUAUUCUUGUUCAUCCACAACGAGGGUUUUAUUGGGUCUCGGCGGCGCUUGUUUUUACCACAACUGUGUCCGAGGUGCUGAGCUUCAAUGCUGGCGGCUGCUAACUGAACUGUACCUCCGCCUGCUCGCCGAUUCGGAUGUUGUGCUGCGAACUAAAGCCGAAGUCGCCUUCACUUGUAACCGAUGGACGCGGCUAACCGCUCACUUUAAGCUAAAUGUCGCCGGUUUGGACGGUUUCCCCCCCUCCGGUUGGACGGAAUUAGCUAGAGCUACACACACAGACACACAACCCGCUUACCAAUGUUCGCCUAUCGCGGUCCAUCUCGACCUCGUCGUCCCUUCCACAGACCCGGCUUGUUGUUUUUUCGCACCGCCUGCCAGUCUAAGAAGAGCAGGAGAAAGCGUCUUUUAAAAUUUUGAUAACCUUUCGCUGUCAUGCAAACGUAGAGAGACAACAAGAGAGGAACCGGGAGUUGCUUUUUUUUCUUUUCUUUUCUACCCUGGCCAAACUUGAAGAAGACGCGUUUUCCAGGCGGUGUUUUAUGCUCUCCAGUGCUGAAGUGCUGCGUCUCAGGUGAUAGUGAGCAGAGGUGCUGAGAAUGAUGGAACAUCUCAGCGAGACGUGUUUGGGCAAGGAGAACUCUGAGCUGGUCAACAGCAUGGCAGACGCCAAAGCCCCACCGGCCAAGCUGCCACGGCUGGAGCAGAACGGCAGCCCCCUGGGCCGGGCCAGGCUGGGCAGCACCGGGGCCAAACUAGCCGGGGUCCCGUACAAGCCCACCAGCCACCUGCUGAAGACCUGCCACAAGAGAGGCAACAUGCUGCCCGUGUUCUGUGUCGUCGAGCACUACGAGAAUCCCAUGGAUUUUGACAGCAAGGAGGAGCACGCCGAAUUUGUCCUGGUGCGUAAGGACAUGCUCUUCAAUCAGCUCAUCGAGAUGGCCCUGCUGUCACUGGGCUACUCCCACAGCUCGGCAGCCCAGGCCAAAGGUAUGAUUCAGGUGGGGAAGUGGAACCCCGUCCCUCUGUCAUAUGUGACAGAUGCUCCGGACGCCACAGUGGCCGACAUGCUGCAGGAUGUCUACCACGUGGUCACGCUUAAGAUCCAGCUGCACAGUUGUCCUAAGCUGGAGGACCUGCCGCCCGAGCAAUGGAGCCACUCUACAGUAAGAAACGCCCUCAAGGAGUUACUCAAAGACAUGAAUCAGAGCUCUCUGGCUAAAGAAUGUCCUUUAUCACAGAGUAUGAUUUCCUCCAUUGUGAACAGCACUUACUAUGCAAAUGUGUCGGCGGCGAAGUGUCAGGAAUUUGGGCGCUGGUAUAAACAUUUCAAGAAGACAAAAGAUAUGAUGGGCAUGCGCCAACCCUCCCAGCUGGAGGGCUACCUGGGGACGUGUGUCCUCCGUGAGAGCCCGCGUGCCAAUGCACUAGCGGAAAUGGAUGGCCUGUCUGACCUCUCCCCACCCGGUUCGAACCACAACCACAACCACCUGGGUUUCUCCCAGCAGCAGCAGCCGAUCCCUGGCAGCACAGCAGAGCAGACUCCUUCCUCACCGGUGCCACCGCUGCCUCAUGCUCCACCACCACACAGUGGCCAAACAGGUGGCCGGCAGCCCCAGCUCCCCGGUCUGCACCACCCGGGCUUGGUGUCCACGCCCAUCAGCCCCCAGCUGGUCAACCAGCAGCUUGUGAUGGCACAGAUCCUCAACCAGCAAUAUGCAGUGAACCGGCUUCUGGCGCAGCAGUCCCUGUCGCAGCAGUACCUCAACCACCCACCUGUCAACCGCAGCUCCCACAGCAAACCCCUGGAGCCACAGGUGGCAUCAAACACAGAGGUUUCGUCUGAGAUUUACCAAUGGGUGCGGGACGAGCUCAAGCGGGCCGGAAUCUCGCAGGCUGUCUUCGCUCGUGUGGCCUUCAACAGAACCCAGGGCUUACUGUCUGAGAUUCUCCGUAAGGAGGAAGACCCCAAGACAGCGUCCCAGUCGCUGCUGGUCAACCUGCGUGCCAUGCAGAACUUCCUGCAGCUGCCAGAAGCCGAGCGUGACCGCAUCUAUCAGGAGGAGAGGGAGCGCAGCCUCACGGCAGCCUCUGCAAUGGGCUCUGCUCCACUCAUCAGCACCCCACCCAGUCGACCUGUACAGCCCCGAAGGGAAGACUGUAACAGCGUUCGGCCUGAGGAUUGGAAUCCCCGAAUCCCCGUGGGCAUUUCACCUGUUAAACCAUCCCCUCUGCCCAGCGAGUGGAACGGCAAGACAGAGAGCUGCAUCCUCAAUAUCAACUCCACCAUCUAUGAUGAGAUCCAGCAGGAGAUGAAGAGGGCCAAAGUUUCCCAAGCCCUGUUCGCCAAGGUGGCUGCCUCCAAGAGCCAGGGCUGGCUCUGUGAGCUGUUGCGUUGGAAGGAGGAUCCGUCUCCAGAGAACCGGACACUCUGGGAGAACCUCUCCAUGAUACGACGCUUCCUGAGCCUCUCUCAGAUCGAACGCGACGCCAUCUACGAGCAGGAGAGCAGCGCUGGCCAGCAGCAUCACAACGAGAGGCCGUCGCACUUGAUCCAUGUUUCCGCUGAUCAGCUACAGGCUCAGCCGCCUCAGCCACAGCAGCAGCACCACCAGCCCUCCCUGUCCCUGCACCCCUCCCAGCCCCUUCUAUCCCAGCAGCCCUUGCCGCAGCAGCAACCCAACACCGGCCCCCGGUUGCCACCUCGCCAGCCCUCCACUGCCUCUCCAGCUGAGACGGAGGACGAGGGCAGCCGUGGAGGGAGCGUCAAGUCCCGCACCGGCGGAGGGAAGAUCUCUCUGGAGGCUCUGGGCAUCCUGCAGAGCUUCAUCCAGGAUGUGGGUCUUUACCCCGACGAGGAGGCCAUCCACACGCUGUCGGCCCAGCUGGACCUGCCCAAGCUCACCAUCAUCAAGUUCUUCCAGAACCAGCGCUUUUACGUCAAUCACCCAGCCAAGGCGCCCAAGGAGCCCAGCAACAACAACAACAACAACAGCACGGCAGCCACCACCAACACCAACACCAGCAGCAGCAGCAGCAGCAGCAGCCCGGCGUUCGAGGAGGAGCUGACGGACUUCAGGGAGAGCGGAGAGCUGCUGAAGGAGCUGGACGAGAGCACGCAGACCAACAGCACCAUCUUCUCCAUCAAGAUCGAGGAGCAGCUGGGCCGAGGCGCCGAGGCCCAGUUAGAGUCAGAGCACGAGGCCAAGGAGUAAGACUCCCCCCGACUGAAUCAGAGUUUUCUUGUGCACACACAGACUGAUGACUGUGCUAAAUGUAACACUCUGGCCGACACAGAACCACCACACUGCAAAUACAGAACAGUAGUGUUUUCAAUCAGUACAGUGUCUGGACUGUAUGAGGAGUGUUUAUAUAUAUAUAUCAGACUUACAGGCUAUGUGAAGUGAGUGUUCACACACUGGAAAGCCCAUUUGAGACUCAGUAAUACAACAAGUACUACUUUUUGGAUUUUGUAAAACUUGUAUUAUUUACUGUAAAGACUGAUGCAUCAUUUAAAUAAUCUGCACAAAAAAUUAUUCUAAGUAUGUUGCCGUGGAUAUUUGCUGACUGCACUCUAUGUCUGUUGUUUUACACUGACUUACUUUAUCUUUUUGAGCUACUGAUUAUAUUCAAAAAGAAAAAAGUUCCCCUGGAGUUUGCUAGGACUUUGAUAGGUGUUUACGUAUGUGAUGUUAAACUGGAUUUUUUUUAAAAAAUAGCAAAUUAAAUCAAGGACCAAGUGGUUGACAAGGCCUUAAUUAUGAGGUAUCAAGUCUGGAGCCUGCUGGCAGAUUAGUUAUUCUUUUAAAAAGCGCAUAAUGUGAUUAUGGAUCACUCCAAACUCUGGAACGCGAUCACCCAGCCCAGGUGCAUCUCUGAGAAUAGCUCAGUCUUUACAUAUUAUUUGUUAGGGAAGAAAUAUAAAUAUAUAUAUAUAGACAUUAUAUUGUAACUGUAAAAAAAGAACACAGUCUUAAAGAAACUAUGCCAACAAAUGCCUUGUACUAUACGGCACUGCCGAUGUUAGAUUAUUUUGCAAAACCUUUGUCACUGUAACUUUCUGAAUUGCCACACAGUUAGAAAUGUGAAUUACACAAUGUUUAUGUUGUCCGACAUUAUUUAUUUGCAGUUCAUGCAGUGUUUCUGAUGUAAUUACUUUUUUUUAAAAAAAAGUUUAUGUUCCGUAGCGCUUUUUAUUUUUAAUUUCCACCAACCUUUUUUCUAUUUAUAAAUGUAAUUUCGAUGGGCAGUAAAAACAAAAAGUGUCUUAAACGUUUUAAAUGGAGAAAUGUGCUUUAAAGGUUGCCUAUAAAAAGUGCUGUAUGUCGAGCAACUCAUGCUACAAGCUUCACAAUUAAUGUUGUAUGCAAUUUUUACUAUCAUGCAAAUAAGCUUAGGUAAAAUGACUAACCUAUAGAACACCUUAGAAAGAAAAACAUAUGCAAUCUGUGUGAAAAUCGAUGUCUGCGAUGUGUCUUCCUUUGGUUAACAAUCCAAUUCAAAAAGCUACUCCUGUAUAAAUAUUCUGUAUAAAAGUGUUUCUUUUUUAUGAGUUGAUUUCAAUGAGAACACCAGUUAUUUUGUUACGACUGACUGUUUUAUAAGUGUUUCUCGGUUCCUUUCUGCAGAAAUGUUCUAACUAGAAGUGGUUAUUGAUUGUUAAUUACACAAUUAAACUGUUUGUAUUGUA